AUGGGUAAUGAACUCGACAACUCAGGAACGGGUCCCUUGAAGGUCCCCGGAUUUAACAAUCACCCCCUUGAGCUGACCCUCGACUGUGAGGACAGAUUUCACGAUACGGUUCCGAUGGACUGGUUCAGCUCCCCUCUAACUGCUCGGGAGCUGGCCAUGUUGAAUCUCAUGGAAACACUGACGGACCGACCCGGGUGGUACAACCUCAUAUUCGAUAAGCACACUGUCACAAAGUGGAAAGAAGAAGCCAUGACACGCCCGAUCAUCAGCCGCAAGGCAUGGGACUGGUGCUUGGCUGAACUGCGUGAUAAAGCGAUACGGUUUAAAGAAACAGGCCAGAUUUUAGUAUUGAACUCUGGUAGUGCUGUCUGUAAAUCCGACACAAUUAUCCCCUCAUCGGUUGGCUUGAAGAUUCAACAAUUUGUCUCCAAUUUGUCGGACGAGUGUGGAGACGGGAAAGACUGGGAACCCAGCUCCAAUAAGCAGAUUUGGAAUAUAAUCGACCCGUCUCUUUUUCCUCUAGUCUACGGACAGACGCGCGUUCUGGUGAAUGGCGGCUGUGUUCCACUUGAACAAACAUUGGAAACCUACGGACAAGGCGAGGUUGCACCAAGGCACGACCAGGAGCGUGAAAUAUUGGAGGAGUUUCCGGACAGUGAUGAUAACGCGAGAAGCUUGUUGUUCUCUCACCGAUUCCAGUGGCUUCCCUGUGAGGUGGAAUUCUGUGGGCCCGCGGGAUCGACAGAUGUACAGAUUACCUCUUAUAUCAACAACCUACACCCAAGCAGACAUCGCUCGUUUUAUAAAACACUUGAGGGGGUAGUGUCUCGUGUCAUUGAGCCAUGGAAUGAGACAUUAAUCAAAGGCACCCCCAUUGAUUCUAGUUUGUCUUCCCCACCGGGCAGGGCGCCCCGGAGAAUUCAAACAUUUGGUGUUGAGUGGCGAAACGAGUAUCCAAAGUGGGCAGAAGAUCUACCAACGGAGUGGGAUGGUGACCUCGAAGCAUACCGCAACGCACUUGCCCGUGUCAGGGACUAUGUCGCCCUUCCAGAAUAUGGUGUUAAAGUCGAAUGGGACGGUCUUGAAACAAAGGAGAUUCCACAAGAUUGGGAGAGCACGGUAUCUUUGAAGGAUGUGGUCGAUGCAAAAUAUACUCGCCUAUUUCGCUUCGAGCAUUCCGACCCGGGUCUCUACUCGUAUGAGGAAUGGAAGGCAGGAAAAACCGCAAAAUCUAUUGUUGGGCCCACGGAACAUGACAUCCAGUGGGAGAUAGACCCUAAGGUCUGGUCUUCGCUACAUGAUAUGAAAGAUCCCAUGGAUCGUUACAAGAUCUUAGAGGGCUCUCGCAAGAGGUGUAGAGAUCAUAAUUAUUAUACAGUCAAGCUUCAAGAGACGUUCCGCGAUAAAGGCCUACAAAUCAUUGUGAAGUUGGAAGGGAUUGAGCUAACACCAGAAAGUCCAUCUUACCCAGGCGAGGACUGGCAUACAGACGGCCUUCUUAACGAGCACAUUGUGGGAACUGCGGUCUAUUUCUUCGACAUGGAAAACGUGACAGGUAGCAGGCUCUCGUUCCGUCAAGAGAUUGAAAUGAAUCCAGGUGUAUAUCAGUUUGAGGGAUGGGAUGUACCGUACCUGGAAAAGUUAUUCGGCGUCAAAGAUGAGACACCGGCUUUCCAAGAGCUCGGGUCUGUAUCGAUUGGCCAAGGACGUCUUAUAGUCUUUCCAAACGCAAUCCAUCACCGCAUGGAGCCAUUUGAACUGAUUUCCAAAUGUCGGGCCGGACACCUUCGAUUUCUGACACUGUGGCUCGUCGACCCAUACUACCGCAUCUGCUCUACGCGGAAUGUACCACCGCAGCGGCAUGACUGGUGGGCAGAAGAAGCACAGUCGCUGGUAACAUCGGCCCAUUCGCUUCCUCAAGAGUUGGCUACUAUGGUCAUCAACGAAACACAUAAGUGGCCCAUGGAUCUCACGGAGGCUCAACAACAUCGACUCGAACGAGGUAAAGAUAGCGCUAUUGCUCACGGCGCGAUGGAAUAUCUGAACCAGGACGCUGAAAUAAAUCUUUUUAAGCCAAUGUACUGA